GAUUCAGAUAGCGCAGUGAGAGGCCCUGAUCGCAACAUCUUGGUUUUGUUGCAGCAGAUGUAAAAAUUAUGCCCGCAUUUUCUGGAAAGGCAGGCGGUUCACUUUCCUUGCAUUAUCGGAUAAUAUUUCUACUCGCCUUGUUGCCUUCUCUUGUUUGCACGUUGGACCAGCUGCCACUUGCCCUAACUGGGAUAAUCCCUCUAGCUUGCAGCCUGGUCCUUUUUGCACACCUGAGCUGCUCCAGGUGAGAGCUCUGACUGAUGCUAAAAUAACUGGGGAAACUGGAUAACGGUUUAAGCAUCUUUGCUUCAGAGACACUUCAGCUGAGUCAAACUGUUCAUCUCAGUAUCCUAGUUGCUUAUUCUGGUAGUUUGGGAAUCGCAUGAACUUCCUGAAUUCACAUAGACAGUCCUUAUAAAACUUUGAGACUUUGGAUCUUUGCCUGUCCUUGCUAUUAAAGUUCAUCUCGACUUUUAUAGUCUCACAUUAUUAUUAUUGCUGAUACUUCUGGCUUUUACUAUGUCCAUCUCCCAUUCAGAGUACUGGUACUGAUGAUAUUUCCUGGCAUUCUGUGCUCUCUGUGUUAGCUUUCUAUAGAUGUCUCAGUUGUCUUUUUCUCUCGUUGUGUUGAGCUUGGGUUUCUCAUACCAUAAGGUGUUUUGCAGUUCUUUCUAUUCCAGUUCAUUUUUUUUUUCUCAGUGAAUUUUACCAUCCACUGUGUCUGCUUCCCAUUUACUUGCAUUUGUUUCCUUCCUCAUAGACACUGUUGGCAUUCUGAGUUAAUGUUUAAAGCCACAAACCUAUCUGUGCGUGAAGUUCCUCAAAUAGAGCACAUUACUGGCAUUAUAGGUGAGGUAGCUGUGGUCCAAAGGUAAACACUUUCUGUAACCUGGAUGUUGUGACUGAGAUUGGGACACAAGAGCUUGUAGUUCUGCAACUUUAUUGUCAGAUUACAUUCUUUUGUUAACCAUGCUUUUUGGUUAUGCCUUGUUUUGUGGGCCCUUUGGUAAAGGUAAUAAGUGCUGUGAUAUAAGCUUGGGAAGAAUAGGUAAAAUUUGACUUGGUACCGUAAUAAUAAAGUGGUGUUUUCCCCCAUUGUACUGAAUGCAGCAAGGCUAGAAGGUGACAGAGACUGCUUCCAAAGAAAAUGCAGAGCAAGUUAUUUAUUGCUGAGUAACAUACUUGUAUCAGAUAUAGUUUAUAGUGGGGGAAAAACUUGGCAGUGCCUUGAAAGAAUGUUGACUGCUAAUGUUUGACUACUGUAAAGAUGAUUUCAUACUUUGAAAACUUCUCCCUUCUUUUUUAAAGUUGGUUUAUUUAUUUCCCUAUACUCUCUCUGUCUUGCUUAGGACAGUGCAAUUAGAUGCUGGCUGUUUGGCCAGUUGAUGAUUUUCUAAUACCAGAAUAUGGAACCUUCCUGAGGGAUAAAACUGAACUGUAGGUAACUUAGGUUUUAUCUUUGUCUAUGUGGCAGAGCUAUUGGAGUGAUACAGUCAUACCAUGGCUUUUUGGGGGCUUCUGGGUUUAUGCCAGUUGGUAUGUAUUGAGAAGUCUCUGCAUGUGGGACUGUAGUCUGUGCUUCAGUUACAGCUGAGAUAGGAAAAAAUGGUUGUGGAUGCAUCAAAUCCUCUUGCACCGAGCAAAGAUGAGCGACACAGGUUUGUACACAGUGUUCAAAGCUCUGGUCUCUCAACUUGCUGGAGGUGGUUCUGCUCCUGCAGUUGCAUGAGGCCUCACUGAUUUCAGAGGGAUUUUGUUGAAGUGAGGUCUUAGGAGUGGGGCCUUGAGUUACUGCAUCCCAAAAGCAGCUUUUGUAUCAGUUUGACACCGGCCAGUUGACAUAUGACCUUGCCUUGUGUUGAGAAUAAAAUUGUAAUGUUGGUGAUGUGUGUGUUUGUCCUUCAGUGGCCAAAUUCCUGUGAAAUACAGCUCCCCCAGAUGCAAACAGUCUUAGAAAAGGCACACAUUAAUCUAACUAGUUCUAUUCUUUGAGCCAAUACUGAGGCAGUGAGAGGGAGGUGCAUGUAAGACACAGCAAUGAAGAUGGGGUGUAUUUCAGUUUUUGGGAGACUCCUCUAAGUAUUUUUGGCAUAAUCUGUUAAAAUUUUGUUUCCUUUAAACAGGAGUAGAAGAAUAAAGAGAAGUUGGAUUGAUGAGAACUAUAAGAAAGCGUACAACAGUUUGGAAUGGAUUGAUUUAUGAUACAUCUGAUACAUGAGAGCUACAUUUUGUGUCACUAUUGUCCAGCUGCUGCUGGAGUACUUCAGCUGAUUUCAUUGCAGCAAGCCCAACAGAUAGGUCCUCAUCACUAACAGAACAUAAGCAAGUGUGAUGCUGAAAUGAGAUGAGGCUCCGAAAUGGAACUGUGGCCACCGUGUUAGUUUUCAUCACUACUUUCCUCAGUUUGUCCUGGUAUACUGCAUGGCAAAAUGGGAAAGAAAAGCUGAUCGCGUACCAGCGGGAGUUUCACGCUUUGAAGGAGCGGCUGCGCAUGGCGGAGCACCGCACGCUGCAGCGCUCGUCCGAGCUCAACGCCAUCCUGGAGCAGUUCCGCAGGGCCGUGGCCGAAACCAACGGCAGCAAGAAUGCAAUGAACAACUUUUCAGAUGAGACGCUGAAAUUGUUGAAAGAGCUAACAAGUAGAAAAUCUCUUCAAGUGCCAAAUAUUUAUUACCAUUUGCCUCAUUUGUUGAAAAAUGAAGGAAGCCUUCAACCUUCUGUGCAGGUUGGCCUUGGAAGGACAGGAGUUUCCAUUGUAAUGGGAAUACCUACAGUGAAAAGAAAAGUCAAGUCUUACCUUACAGAAACUCUGCACUCCCUUAUUGAUAAGCUGUCCCCUGAAGAAAAACUGGAUUGUGUUAUGGUUGUCUUUAUAGGAGAGACCGAUCUUGAUUAUGUUAACAGUGUUGUUGCAAGCCUGGAAAGAGAGUUUUCUACAGAGAUCAAUUCUGGCUUGGUGGAAGUAAUAGCCCCUCCUGCAACAUAUUAUCCUGACUUGACAAACUUGAAAGAAACAUUUGGAGACUCAAAAGAGAGAGUGAGAUGGAGAACAAAACAAAACUUGGAUUAUUGUUUUCUUAUGAUGUAUGCCCAGAAAAAAGGGGUUUAUUACAUUCAGCUUGAGGAUGACAUUGUUGUCAAGCAGAAUUAUUUCAGCACAAUAAAAAAUUUUGCGCUUCAGCUCGCUUCUGAAGAUUGGAUGAUUCUAGAAUUUUCUCAGCUGGGUUUCAUUGGUAAAAUGUUCCAGUCACCAGAUAUCACUCUUAUUGUAGAGUUCAUAUUUAUGUUUUAUAAGGAGAAACCUAUUGAUUGGCUCCUGGACCAUAUCCUCUGGGUGAAAGUGUGUAAUCCUGAGAAAGAUGCUAAACAUUGUGAUCGACAGAAAUCUAACCUACGGAUACGCUUCAGGCCUUCUCUUUUCCAGCAUGUUGGCCUCCACUCUUCUCUAGCAGGGAAGAUCCAGAAACUCACAGAUAAAGACUUCCUGAAACCAUUACUGCAUAAAAUCCACGUGAAUCCACCUGCAGAGGUUUCGACAUCUUUAAAAGUCUACCAGGGGCAUACGCUAGAAAAAACCUACGUAGGGGAAGAUUUUUUCUGGGCUGUCACACCAGUUGCUGGAGAUUAUAUUCUUUUUAAAUUUGACAAGCCAGUCAAUGUAGAAAGGUACUUGUUUCACAGUGGCAAUCCAGAGCAUCCAGGAGACAUACUUCUAAACACGACUGUAGAAGUUUUGCCUUUUCAGAGUGAAGAACUGGUAUUAAGCAAAGAAACCAAAGACAAACGCUUAGAGGAUGGUUACUUCAGGAUAGGGAAGUUUGAAAACGGUAUAGCUGAAGGAACAGUUGACCCCAGCUUAAAUCCUAUUUCAUCAUUCCGGCUUUCAGUGAUACAAAAUUCGGCUGUUUGGGCAAUUCUGAACGAGAAACUGAUGCUCCUCACUGAUAACGUUCAUCUGAGGCCCAAGUUGUCCUCCACUGUAAUGUGACUUUACCAUCUUAUGGUUGCAGAACCCUGCUACGCCUAACCUGUACUAUUUUGAUAGUAUAGUAAUAUAGAGUUGUACAUAUUGUUACAUUCCUUGAAGAAAAGAAAAUAUAAUUAUUGUUAAAUAAGUUUUAUGAAGGGGGUACUUUCGGAGUUCCAUUUAUUUUCUAUAACAAGAACCCUCUUUUAUAGACUGUCAGGGAUAUAUAUUAAAAAUGCUAGGGAUAUUUAAUUUAUUAAAAUAAUUUGAAAAGUACAUAUUUUUAUGCAGUAAAUUUUAAAUUGAUAUAGUUUUUUUAUGAAUUCUCUAGUUUAAGUUACCUUUCUACAUUUUUCUUUGGAGAUGCAAACAUAAAUUAAUACCAUAUUUCAAAUAUACUGCCAUGUUUAAAAAAAACAAGAUUAAGUUUCUAAAUUAUGUAGUUUUAUACACAGAAUCUGAAUGAUGUUCAGAGGCAUAAACAGAGUUCUGAAGAGCAUUAUUCUUUGGGGCUAUAAAAUUCCACUAUGUACAGUUUGUAGCUACAAACAUAAAAAGCAUGUUGAAAUGUCUUGUUUCAUAUUAUGUACUAAAUCUGCAGUGAUUUGAGAUUGAAUCCAUUGCAUUUUAGAAGAUUUUUUUUACUCCAAACCAGUUCUUU